AUGGUGAGAGCUUUGGAGGACGAAAGAGAAAUGUACAAAUCGAGGCUGGAUUAUAUCAGGGGAAUGCACGGUGAAGGGGGAAGACAAAAAUCGAGGAGCAUGACCUUCGAAAGCGAUGGCUCGACUGCUCAAACUGAUGAUGAUAGGAUGACAACAUCAAGAAGCCAUGGCUCUUUAAUGCUACAUGAUCACGAGCAAAUGGAACAUCAGAAAACCGACAAGAUAAAGUCUCGCCUGGCCAAUAACGGGAGCUCGACAAAUAUGGAGUUGAUGAAAGAAAGAUUUUCAAAGUUGCUCCUGGGUGAGGACAUGUCCGGUGGAGGAAAAGGAGUUUCUUCAGCUUUGGCAUUGUCAAAUGCAAUCACAAACUUGGCAGCUUCUGUAUUUGGAGAACAAAAGAGGUUAGAGCCGAUGGCAGCAGACACCAAAGCAAGGUGGAGAAAAGAGAUUGAUUGGCUCUUAUCAGUCACAGAUCACAUUGUUGAAUUUGUUCCCUCCAAACAAAGGUCCAAAGAUGGAACCAACAUGGAGAUUAUGGUGACAAGACAAAGAAACGAUCUCCACAUGAACAUUCCCGCUCUAAGAAAACUCGACGCCAUGCUCCUCGAGUGUCUGGACAACUUCAAGGACCAAAACGAAUUCUACUACGUGUCCAAGGAUGACGAGGACUCUUCUAAGAAGGGUAAAAACAAUGGGAGAGCAAGUUUAGGGGACUCGAUGUACAAGAGUAUUACAGAUGAGUACUUUGACCCGGACUACUUCCUGUCUACCGUGGACUUGUCCUCGGAGCAUAAAAUCCUAGACCUUAAGAACAAGAUUGAGGCAUCGGUUGUGAUAUGGAAGCGAAAAAUGAACGCGAAAGACAACAAGUCGGCUUGGGGAUCGGCCGUGAGCUUGGAGAAGAGAGAGAUUUUCGAGGAUAGGGCAGAGACGAUUUUGCUCAUUUUGAAGCAUCGUUUUCCGGGACUACCUCAGUCUGAUCUUGACAUCAGCAAAAUACAGUGCAACAGAGAUGUGGGGCAUGCGAUCUUGGAAAGCUACUCAAGAAUCAUAGAAAGCUUAGCAUUCACGGUUUUAUCAAGAAUCGAUGAUGUCAUGCAAGUCGACUCUCAAGCACAAAACCCGAUGACAGCUGGCGAGCCAAUGAUGAAGUCUCCCAUAAGAGAGGCCUCGCCCAUAACCACACCCAAAGAAGAAAACAACUCGGCCGAGACUCCAACUUCGAUGACGCUAUUGGAUUUCAUGGGUUGGAACUUGGACAAGUCGGAAAACGAGACGAAAAAGGACUCCUCACAUGAAGAAGCCGAUAGAAAGUUGCGGGUGCAGAGGGCGUACGGCGGCAAAGGUCGCACCAUAUUCCGUGUAGGGUUUCACAGUUUCACAGAACGCAGAAGUAGAAAAAUAGACUGCUCUCUUCAUCUCCGCCCUUCAUCUCCGACGAGCUGCUGCCGCGCCGGCGCCGCCGCAUCUUCGAGCUCUUCCCCAGAUGAUGUAAGUCCUGUUGUUCACAAAGAGGCAGGACCGUCUGAAGCCAAUCCUUUAUCGAGACGAAGCAUAACUGACCCCAAACAAACCCCAAUGAAGCAAGUUAAUCCGAUAGCAAGUCUACAAAAGAUUCUUAAGUUCAGACUAAUGUUGGAUGCUGAAAAUGAUGAUGGUAAAGGCAGUCAAUCAGAUAAGCCGCCUUGAUAUACUGCAAGAUAUGGUUAGCAUGACUGUCCAUCAGUUCAUCACCCAGUAUGUUAUUUGCUUUAUGUCCUGUUUUUUAGAGGAUUUACUGUGAUGGCUACACAAAUUUCACAAACUCUGACGAAUCAUAGGAAUUUUUAUGGAUAUAAGAUGUUUUAGAAGUUCUUUUCUCAAAUAUGGUUAUAUUAUUUAAUCUGUGCGUAUUGUCCAUCCUAUAAUUUGCUUCUUUAUGAUUAGGGUGAGUUGUAAAAACUCUAAUUACAAGAACAAAG